GAUUAACACCGGAAUAGUGUUGCAUAAAUUGGAAUAGUUAGACUAUGUUUAUUUACCUACCACUUUGCACAGUGCACCCUCACACUGACCUUGUAUUGAACAUUUAUGGAACACUCUUGCUGCUAUUACUAUAUCAUCCUGUAGCUCCAUUAACAAAGAGCAGACAUGGCUACCCUUGGGAAUUCUUCAAGUAACAACAACAUUGUGCAACCAAAGUUCUACAAGAUUAUAUUUUCCCAACAUGAAUGCACCAAUCUAAGUUUUCCAGAAGACUUUGUGAGCAGAUACUGCAAGAACAUGUUAAACCCUGUGUAUCUUGAGGUUCCCAGUGGCCAAGUAUGGGAGGUUGAAGUGGAACAUUCUCAAGGCCAAAUUUGGCUAGCCCAAGGAUGGCAGGAUUUCUGUGACUUUUAUUCAAUAAGCUGUGGGCACUUUUUGAUGUUCGGAUACAAUGCUCGUUCCCAUUUUGAUGUCACUAUAUUUGAUUUGAGUGCAUCAGAAAUUGAAUAUCGAUAUAGUUCACGCACCUUCGAUUGCCAUGAAACACAACAUGCACCAGAAAGAGACCAGUCCGAGGUGGAUGAUUCUGUAGAUAUCCUAGAGGAUAUUCCAAGAAGCCACAAAACAAAAGAAGAAAUUCCUGAUAUGGUUGAGCAUUCUGUUGAAAACCUAGGCCAUGUUCCAUUUGUACAGUCCAGCAAAAGGAAAAGACAAGAAGGGGAUGAAGAGGCUGAUGUUUCAGUUGAUACUCAUAUCAAAAGAAUGGAGGUUGAGAAGUCGCAAGAGGAUGUAGCUUCACCUUCUUUCACUAGAGAGGGCCAAAAAAGCAAUGAAGACUGCAGGAAGCACAAGCGAAAAUCCAAGAGUGUUUAUGAUCAAAACAAGACAGUAAUGGACAAAGAGAGCUCUAUUGCAUAUCAAAAAGCAAAAGCUUUUAAAUCUAAGAAUCCGUUCAUUAUAUAUUUUAUGCAGCCAUCGUAUGUCAAUCCUCCAGUCAAUUUGACCAUAUCGUCAACAUUUGCUAGGAAAUAUCUCCUUAAGAAUGAUGGCAAUUUAGUGCUUCGUGUUCCAGGCAGUGGAUCUUGGUCAGUCAAAUGUACUAUUGGAACAGGGAAUGCUAAAGUUCAUUCUGGUUGGAAGGAAUUCGUGCUAGAAAAUAAGUUAAAAGUUGGUGAUGUUUGUGUGUUUGAAGUGAUAAAGGGCGCUCAGCUCGUUGUAGAUGUCAAAAUAUUUCGUGCAGCUGGGAGCAUACUAAUGCGCAAUAUAGUUGGAGAAGUGCCAGGGGGUUCUGAGAGAAAAAGCAAGGUUAUCAAAACUGAUAAUUCUGUUCAAUGUUCUCAACCCAAGGUAGUUCUCACCGAAAAAUUAAAGCAGCGGACAGGAGAUUCAUAUGCUUUCAACUCAAAAAUUAAAGAACAUGGUGAAGGCACUGAGAUUGAGCAUUCUGCUGAGAUUGUGGGUCAUUAUUCGUCAGGACAGGGCAGCAAAAGAAAAAUAUUAGAAGGGGAUGAAGAGGAUGAUGUUUCAAUUGACAUUCACACAAGAAGUACCAAGGUGGAAAAGUCUCAAGAAGAUGUAGCGUCGGCUUUUUUCACAAGAAAAAACAAAAAAAGCGGAGGAAGUUGCAGGAUGCACAAGCAACAAUCCACGAUUGUUUAUGCUAAGAACAAGACAGUAAUGGACAAAGAAAGCGCUAUAGCAUAUCAAAGAGCAAAAGCUUUUAAAUCUAAGAGUCCAUCCGUUAUAUCUUUUAUGCAACCAUCGUAUAUCUCCAUACCGUAUAGGCUGAACAUAUCGUCAACAUUUGCCAGGAAGCAUUUCCUCGAGAAUGAUGGCAAUUUAGUGCUUCGUAUUCCAGGCAGUGGAUCUUGGUCUGUCAAAUGUACUAUCGGACCAGGAGAUGCUAAAGUUCAUUCUGGUUGGAAGGCAUUCGUGCUAGAAAAUAAGUUAAAAGUUGGUGAUGUUUGUGUAUUUGAAGUGGUAAAGGGCACUCAGCUCUUUGUAGAUGUCACAAUAUUUCGUGCUGAUGGAAGCACACCAAUGCAUAGGAUAUCUGGAGAAAAGACAGGGGUUUCUGAUAGUAAAGAGAAGAUUACCAAAACUGAUAACUCUCUUCCAUGUUCUCAACCCAAAGUAGUUCACACCAAGAAAUUAAAGCAGCGGAGAGGAGGUUCAUAUGGUCUCAGGUCAAAAAUUAAAGAAGAACAUGGCGAAGGCACUGAGAUUGAGCAUUCUGUUGAGAUUUUGAACCAUUGUCCAUUAGGACAUGGCAGCAAAAGAAGACCAGAAGCGGAAGCAGAGGAUGAUGUUUCAAUUGACAUUCACACCAAAAGUAUCAUGGUGGAAAAGUCACAAGAGGAUGUAGCUUCACCUUCUUUCACGAGGAAAACCAAAAAAAGCGGAGAAAGUUGCAGGACGCACAAGCAACAAUCCAAGAUGGUUUAUGCAAAGAACAUGACAGUAUUGGACAAAGAAAGGACUAUAGCAUAUCAAAGAGCAAAAGCUUUUAAAUCUAACAAUCCAUUUGUUAUAUAUUUUAUGCAACCAUCAUAUGUCUCGAAACCAUACAUACUUCGAUCUUUAUUAAAUCCAUAUGGAUGCAUGAUGUUAUACUCAGUUUACUGUCUCCAUCUCUUUGGGCUGUUCAUAUGUUUCUCGUUUGCUUGGAAAUAUUUUCGGGAGAAAUGUGGCAAUUUAGUGCUUCGUGUUCCCAGCAGGGGAUCUUGGUCUGUUAAAUAUGACCUGAGAACAUCAAAAUCGACAAUUCGCUUCUGUUGGAAGGCAUUCGUGCUGGACAAUAAGUUAAAAAUUGGUGAUGUUUGUGUAUUUGAACUGAUUAAGGGCAGUCAGCCCUUUUUAGAUGUCACUAUAUUUCGUGCAGCUGAGAGCAUGCAUAAAAUAGAUGGACGGGUUUCUGAUUGUAAAAACAAGAUAAUCAAAACUGAGAAUUCAGUUCCAUGUCCUCAACCCAAAAUAGUUCACAGCAGGAAACUGAAUCUUGAAAAGAAGCAGAAAGGAGAUUCUGAUGGUUUCAUCAUUGCAAAAAUUAAAGAAGAACUCAGUGAAGGUGCAGGGAAGCAUGCACAACAAUCUAAGUCUUCUGGUAUGGGCAGAGUGGUAGCCAAAGCAAUGGUUGUGGCAUUUCAAAAAGCAAAAGCAUUUACAUCUGAAAAUCCAUUCUUCAUAAGUUUUAUGCAACCAUCAUAUGUGUCUCAGGCCUGCAGCCAGAUGAAAUUGUCCAUAACGCUGCCAGUAACUAAGAAAUUUUUUACCACUAAACAUAGUGAUGUGGUACUUCAAGUUUCAAGCAAGAGAACAUGGGCUGUAAAAUGCAUUCUUGGAACAGCAAACGCGAAGUUCACUGCCGGUUGGAAGGAGUUUGUGCUGGACAACAACUUAAAAGUAGGUGAUGUUUGUGUCUUUGAACGGGUUAGUAGAUCGAAACUUCUGUUCAAUGUCAUCAUUUUUCCUUCUGAGGAAGGUAUAUAAGAUUGUUUCACUUGUUUAAACUCCGAUGUAUAUUUUGUUUAACUAAUCCGUGUUGGUUGUCUUCUUUUUGAAAGGGAAGGAGACAAUGUA